AUGGUGCGGCAGAAGGAUUGCUCGACGAGCUGCUCUCUGCUCAGCGCGACCCGCGAUGAACUGCACGACGAUGAUCGCAGAGAGUUGAUUUCUCGGGUGCUUUCCCACUACGAGCAGUACUACCAAGAGAAAUCCAGAAUCGCGAACCGCGACAUCCUCCUCGCUUUCUCUCCCUCGUGGUUCAGCUCUCUGGAACGAUCCUUCCUCUGGAUCGCGGGAUUCAAGCCGGGGAUGGUGGUUCAGCUCGCGAAUCAGGUUUUGGAUGAUCUGUCCGAAGAACAGAGGGAGAGAAUGAGUGAGCUCAACCAGGAGACGAAAUCAGAAGAACGAGUGCUUAACGACGAGUUCGCGAAGAUUCAGGAAAGCGUGGGAGCAUCGCCGCUGGUGGAGGCGGCGAGAAGCCAGGGGCGAUCGUGUUUGAGCGAGUCGUAUAGAACAGAGGAUGGUGGCGGUGAAGUACCAGAGACGCUGAAGAUUGCAUUGGAGAAUUUGGUGGUGAAUGCAGACACAUUAAGGAUGAACACAGCGUUGAAGGCGAUGAAGAUAUUGAAGCCGUAUCAGGCUGUGAAUGUGCUGGUGGCUGUGGCUGAGCUUCACAUCAGGAUUAGAACGUGGGGCCUGGAAAAAGACGCUCAUCAGGGUGGUGCAGGUGGGUAGGCAGGUAAAUGUGAUUUACUACCACUUCACUGGAAUCUCAAUGGCUUUUCAUUUCUGCAAAUUUUUUUUUUUUUUACUCUGACCAAAUCAUUUCAGUUGAUUUGAUUCGCUCUGAAACUAAAUUUCUUUUUUUGACACUGUUUUGAAGUCAGAGUCUCCCACCUUCAUCGGCAUUAUGCAUAUAUAGUAUUCUACGGUCGAAUGUAUAUAUUUUUUGGCCACCUACGGCUGAAUGUA